AUGGUCGUAAGCACACAAGUGAGGAGCCUAGCUGGUACAAGCAACCCCUUCGAGGUCAAAGUUAGCGUACACCAAGGGUCUGCUCUUAGCCCGCUAUUGUUCAACAUUGUUAUGGAUUACCUCACCAAAGACAUCCAGUCCAUCCAGACCAUGGUGCCUGAUCCGCACAGAGCAGACAGCGUCAAAAAUCACCCGUUCACCGUACCGGAAGUAAGCAAGUUCAAAUACCUAGGAUCGGUUUUGUCUGCGGACGCAAAUGUGGACAUGGAUGUGGCACAUAGGGUAAAUGUAGCUUGGCUCAGAUGGAGGUCGCUCUCGGGGGUACUCUGUGACCGCCGUGUGCCGAUAAAGACUAAAGGCAAGGUCUACAAAACAGCUGUGAGACCUGCUAUGGUGUAUGGUGCAGAAUGCUGGACGAUCAAACAAGCGCAUGAACAAAAACUCCAUGUCAAUGAGAUGAACAUGCUGAGGUGGGCGGCCGGUGUAACGAGACUCGAUAAAGUACGUAACGAACACAUCAGAGGAAGCUACAAGGUCGCCCCCAUCACCGACAAGAUUCAAGAAUCUCACUUGAGAUGGUGCGGGCAUAUCAUGAGACGCGACGAAGACCAUGUCGUGAGGAAAGCCCUUGCAUUACCGAAUAAGAGAGGCAGAGGCCCGCCUGCUACGUGGUGGUCCACUAUAUCAAUAGAUUUAAAACAGAUAGUUGAACAAAGAGACAACCCAGGAUCGCCCGACCUGGCGCUUGAGAACGAGGAGGAGGACCGACCCCAAAUAAUGGGAAGAGGCACGGAAAGAAGAAGAAGGUCAAUAGGUAGUUGA